CGUCGGGACCGAAAAGAUAGGAAUGAGACUACUUUGGCGAGAAUUCUGGAGCGGAUGUGUUGUGGAGAUCACUCCGGCUGGAAUACAAGGAAAAGAUGGACUUAUUGAUGAAGUUCUUCAGUAAAAGCACUUGGAGCGUUUUUAUCUUUGCCCUUCUUUGCUAUGUUUUUGCCAUUUGCCCUUGUUUUGCUCAAGACCGUCUUCACUGGUACAGACAAGCAAAAGCUCAAAUCCUGAAAAACAUGAAGGAUCAGGACAAUUCAGCCAUCGCUAAAAAUAUCAUUUUAUUCAUUGGUGAUGGAAUGGGCCUCACAACGGUUACGACGGCCAGGAUUUUGAGAGGGCAGCUGAAAGGCCUCAAAGGAGAGGAAUACGAGUUGGCUUUUGAUAAGUUCCAGUAUGUUGCACUUGCCAAGACAUACAACACAGACAGUCAAGUUGGUGAUUCAGGCGCAUGCGCAACAGCAUUGCUUUGUGGAGUGAAGGGACGUUUUGAGACAGUUGGAUUGGAUGAUAGUGGUGUUUUCAACAGAUGUGACACUAACGCAAGAGCAAAAGUAGCUUCCUUGGCAGAAUGGGCUCAAACAGCUGGAAAAUCGACCGGACUGGUGACAACAGCCAGAGUCACGCACGCUACACCUGCAGCAAUGUACGCUCACUUAGUGAACCGCUAUUGGGAAGGGGAUGAGAAACUGGCAAAUGAUACAUCAAAAACAGACUGCAAAGAUAUCGCGAGGCAACUAAUUGAAGACGAUCCUGGCCGGAACAUCAAUGUCAUUUUAGGGGGUGGUCGGAGGUACUUGUUACCUCGUCUGAAGCAGAGUGAUUCGAUGAGUAAGAAGGAAGGAGAGGGACGCAGAGAAGAUGGUCGAAACUUGAUUGAAGAGUGGAUAAAAGAAAAGAAGGCCAGAGGACUAUCAUACAAAUACGUGGCCAGAAAGAAAGAACUGGAAAAGGUGGAUCCACACAAAGUAGAUUACUUGCUUGGACUAUUCACAUCUGGACAUAUGGCGUACGAAUCGGAUCGUGAUAAAGACAGCGAACCUUCACUUGCUCAGAUGACAACAAAAGCCAUUGAAAUAUUAAGGAGAAAUUCUAGAGGUUAUUUUCUUAUGGUAGAAGGAGGUCGAAUUGAUCACAGUCAUCAUUUCAACAAUGCACACCGGGCUUUAGUGGACACACUGGCAUUUGAAGACGCAAUCAUUGCAGCGUUGGAAAUGACACGAAAGGAUGAAACAUUGAUGGUGGUCACAUCAGAUCACUCUCACGUUUUUGUAUUCGGAGGUUACCCUAAACGAGGAAACCCUAUUUUUGGUCUUGAUGAUAAACCUUCUGACGUCGAUGGCUUACCAUAUACAACCCUUAUUUAUGCAAAUGGACCAGGUUACAAUCAGAAUUCUCAAGGAGGCCGUGAAAAUCUUACUUCUAUUAACACUGAAGACAAAAACUAUAUACAACAAAGUGCCGUUCCAAGAAGAUGGGACACACAUGGUGGGGAGGACGUGCCAGUUUAUGCUGAAGGACCUAUGUCACAUCUGUUUCGAGGCGUUUUUGAACAAACAUACGUGCCGCACGCACUGGCCUUUGCCUCAUGCAUCGGACCACAGAAAGAUGACUGCGAGCGAAGGAAACAAACCUAUCAAAGACACGUCAUAGAAUGUCCCUCGCCUCACGUUGUCAGAGAAGUUCUUGCCUAUAGGUCCGACAGUUAUCGAGUGUUGUCCACUUUCCUGAGCGUUACUCUUGUAAUCUUCACGGUUAUUGGAAAUCGAAGAUCGUGAUAAAGUAGCCAUUCGAGGACAUGUAAACUGUUACCAGGAGUAUUGAUGUAGAUCCUGAAAUUGAAAGUAUAUUUGUGAGAUAUCGGUUUUUUUCAUUGUACUUAAUAAUUGUUUCGGUUGUAUGUUGAACCUUGAUAUUGUACGAUGUUGUUGUAUAUUUUGAUAUAAAUAUCAGAAAAGUGUUGUAAAUACUUAAUAAAUAAAUAAAUUUA